GACUUGGAACCAUGCACUCAACCCGGUUACGCUAUGGAACUGCCUUCGUUGGAUAAAUUCAUAAGAGUAUUCAACGAAAAUUUGACAGUAGUCGAGUCGACAGUCGAAGCAAAAUUGAAGAUUCAACGUAAAUUCUUGAUCAAUCAAUUCAACAAAACAACUGAAUGGAACAACAAAUGGAAGCUGAUUGUCAUUCUUCCAAGUCUUCAAGACGGUGAAGCAACUGAAACUGGACAAGCCGCCAUUGAAGUACUGGAAACAAUCGAGGAGUUACAUAGUGUCAUACCGAACAGGACAAUCAUUGUCGUGGUUCGAGCGUCCGGUAGAGGUUUAUGGGAGGAUGCUAUACAUACACAUCAAGCGUGUCGAAUCAUUCUAGAAGGAUAUCAGUUUCAUUCACGCCUCAAUUCUGAAUCCAUUUGGGAUCAGAUAGAAACCAUUUGUGAGUUGAACUAUCAAAGUGAUCUGUUCUCGGUUCAGAUAUUACCGCUACUGAAUGAUGCUGCUCUCACAAAUUUACCGGAUAAAACGAUGGAUCUUUCAAUGCUUGGCUAUAAUUGCGCACAUUUAUCGGAGCGUGGUCUUUCACUUCUUCAUAUCAAUGUAUGGAACUCACUUUUAACUAAACAAUCCGAGCGUACGCAUCAUUUUCGCCCCAGAUUUGUCUUACCUCAUUGCGUUGAUCCUCAAUGUCCUUUUAUUCGAACGCACAACAAUAGUGCCUUAUGCUUGUGGAAUAAACAACAGUCUAAGGGUGAUGAAGCACGACGAAAUAAUUGUGAACAAUUGAUAGCGUUGAUUGCAUUGCUGAGUGCGACAGUGCCGUGCAUCGUGUUGAUGAUCAUUCUGUGUUACGGCCGAAAACACUAUGAAAUCAAAGAGUUGAAAUGCACAAGACCUAUCCUCAAAUCGGUUGGAGACGAUUGGACCUCGAUACGAUUCAUCGAUGAGGAUAGUGUCUGCUGA